AUGAGUGAUCAUGAUGACGUCAGUGAGAUAGUUGAAAUUGAUUUUGAAGUUGGACAUAGUUCUAUUAUACGAUCAGAAACCACAACUACUCAUAAUCCACCACGUACUCAUGAUUGGAAAGUAUAUUUGCGUGCAGUUGAUGUUAAUGGUGAUUUAAGUUGUCUGAUACAACGUUGUGUAUUUUAUCUUCAUCCUGAAUAUCCUAAUAAUAAACGAGAAUUAAAAUCAACACCCUUUGCUAUUCAAGAAACUGGUUAUGCUGGUUUUCAUUUACCGAUAGAAAUAUAUUUUAAGACAAAAAAGGAACCAAAAAAAUUUCGUAUUGAAUAUGAUCUUGAUUUACAUAAGAAUAUUGAUGGGCGUCCAUAUCGACAAAAAGAAAGUUAUGUACGAAAAUAUCGUUGUACUUUUUACAAUCCUGAUUCUGAAUUUCGUCAAAAGAUUCUCGCUGCUGGUGGUAAACUAGUCGAUAGUGGUCCAAUAACAUCAAACAACACUGAUACUGAUGAAUGUGAUAUAGAUUUAGGAAAAGUAUCAGUGCGUCAACCAGUUAUUCGUCAUUCUCCACAACAAAAAAGACAUAUUUCACCGGUACCAACAGUUAAUGUAGUUAAUCAUAAAAAAGUUAAACUUGAACAAUCAACAAAUGAUAUUAAAAAAAAACCAGUACAAUCAGUAAUCAAGAAUGAAAAUAUUAGUAAAACAACAGUAAAUUCUAAACCAACAAAAUCAGUAUUAUGUAAGUCAUCAUUGGUAAUAGAAUCAAAAAUAACAAAAACUUUACCAAUAAAAGAAUCAAAUCAAACAACAACUAUUAAUGAUAAUACUGACAAUCUAUCAUCAUUGAAACCGCGUGCAUCAAGAAAAAUAAUUAAAUCUCAAUCAACCAAUGAUAUUAAACCAUCUAUACAAACCACAAUAAAUAAUACUAAAAAGAAAGAAUCUGCUCCUUCUCCAUCAAAACCUAAACUAGUUACAAAUAUACAAAAUGGAUUAAAAAAACCAAUAAAUAAAAAUUCUCAAAAGUCUUCGAUUAAAACAGAACAAACAUCAACUUCUACAAAUAAAUCACCUUCAAACAUCAUUAUAAAACAAGAAUCAUUAUUACAACCAUCAUCAACUAACACUGCUUCAACUGACACAAAUACAUCAGUUCUAAUUAAUAAUCUUAAAAAAAUUCCUAAAAAACCUCAACCACCGCCAGUUGUAGAGAAAUAUUCUCGUUCAUCGAUAUCUUCUUCAUCAUUAAAUCGAAAUUCGAUUCGAGAUUCACAAGGACAAAACUCAGUAUUAUCUAAAACUCAAUCAAAUUUAAAACGAGAUCGUUCUUUAUCAUCUGUUAAUAAUUCUAAUAGUAAUAAUCGAUCAGGAGAAACUAAUAUUACUAAAAAUCGUUCAAAUCAUUCAACACAUCAAUCUGCAAAUUUAUCUCGACAUGAUCAAUCAAAUCGUAUUUCAUCGUCACCUCCUAAAUCAUCGUCAAAAAAUCAAAUACCAACUCCUCCUAAAUUUAUUCCUAGUCCUUCUCAAUGCCAAAUUGAUCCUCCUAUUAAUUCAACUAUCCCAUCAUCAUCAUCAUCAUCUGUUGAUACACCUCAACCAUUAUCUACUAGUUCGCCUUCCACUCAUAUCUUUCCAAAUGAAGAUAAUCAUAUUCAAGCUUCAAUGGAUAUUGAUGAUGAUCAUAUUCAACUUUCAGAUAAAUCUAACUCACCUAAUGAACAUGUUCUAAUCCAACCAAUACAAAUAACAUCAAAGCGAAUAUCUCAUUCAGAUCGAUCUGAUAUAUAUGAUAGUGAUACAUCAAUAGAUGAUGGUAACGAGGAAGAAGAUUUACCAACUAGUCUUACUAAUGAUGAUUUACGAUAUAAACUUAUAUAUAUUUAUAAACGUUUUCAAUUAAAUUCAAUAAAUGAUCUUACAAUAUUUGUUCGUUUCUUUAAACGACAUCAAUUAAUUGAUAUAUCAUCAUUAUCAAUGACAAAAGCAACAAAUGAAAUGUUUACUUAUGAUCUUUUUUCUCUUAGUCCAUCACAUAUUGGUGAAUUAGCAAGUGAUCUUGGUUAUACAACAACAAAUAUUAUUACUUCCAUGGAAGAGUAA